AUUACAGACUGUAAAAAAGAGCCCACAUGCGAACUUCCUAUUUGUGCUAUGCUGCUGAUACACUCGACGUGCUCUUGUAGAAAAAGUAUAGCGGAUGACAGAAGUGGAGCGGACCCAAGGACCUUUGACGACAUCCUCAGAUAUUUCCUCAACAUCAGGCGGUGUCCCAAUUGUUAUUAGUAUACAUCAGUACUGGAGGCUACAGCAUCACCAUGAGCUGUUCUAAGGAGAAGUGGCAGACAGUGGGCCCUAGUGAUGAUCUGAUCAGUAUGUUCAGGGCCUACCCCACAGAUCCCACUGAGGAGGUUCAGUCCAACCUAAACCACCUGCUCAACAGAUUCAUGGAAUCUUAUAGAAGCACCACAAAUGAUGAGCAAAACUUUGAAAAGUGUUGUUAUGAAUCCAAAGUGUGGUAUUACAAGAUCGUGGAGAGCCUUAUGCAGGAGAAGGAUCCAAAACCUAGGCUCAAGAAGUAUCUCUCAACUUUCUUAGAAGACAGCCCAUUUCAACGCAGUUUGGUGGUGUGCUGCUUGGAGAUCACCUUAUACACCAACAAAUUAGCAUCAUUUCGACCCACGAUUACUUCACCUUUUCGAUUUGGCAGCAUACAACCUUUUCGAGGUUGUAGAUCUGGUGUCACACAUUCAAGUUGACUUGACACUUGAUGUGACUGAACAUCUUGUAAAAGUUGUAGAGAUGAUUGUUGAGAGGUUGGCUUGGACAAGAAACUCUCCUCUGUGGGAAGAAAUCCGAUCAAAUGAGGGACAAGUACCCACCUGCCAGCAGGUUAUGUACCCUAAAGAACGAGAAGAUCCCAUGAUAAUGGAACAGUUGGACCGGGAUCCAAUUCAAGCUGAACAAACUUCUGACCAGCAGAACCUGACUUUAAUGAGGCCACAUAGAAACAUCUGUCUUUAUAUGUUUGCACGUAAGGUUUAUUGGUUAAUGCAUAAGCGUCUGAGAACGCUGUGCUGCAUUCUGCACCUACAAGAUGAGCAGUGCAAAAAGAUCUGGACUUGUUUUGAGUACUUCCUGGUUCACCACUUUGACAUGCUCAGAGACUGUCAUCUGGACUGGCUUCUGCUGUGUGCCAUCCACGGCAUAUCCAAGGAUACAAAAGAUGAACUCCCUUUCAAGCUCUUAAUUCACUACAAAAAUACACAUGUGUGUAAGACCAUGCCAAUGCUUAAAGGACACCCUGAACAAUCCCAAGAUAACAUCAACAAAACUGACCAAAGCAGGAUUCCCACCCCAAACACCCCAUCCAUACUCCGUGAUCAGGAAUUUGACAGCAUCACCUGCUUCUACAGCCAGGUCUAUGCACCUGCCAUGGGGCACAUUGUUAAAAAGUUUGCAUUAACUUCUGGGGUUGAGCCUCCACGUCUGUCACCAUACCCCCCACAGCCUUCACCAUCCAGUCGCAAAUACAGACUUCAUAAGGAUUUCAACAUUUUUGUGUCCCAAUUAAACAAACAAACCACACCACCACCACAACCUGCAGGAAUGUGCUAUGACUUCCAGUCCAGCCCAUCGCAGUGCCUUCGUGACAUCAAUGCCAAGGUCAGACUGCACGGGCCUCCUGUCAAGCGAGGAAGAAAAUUACAGUGGGAUAAAGAUGACAGGGGCCCCUCGGCUAAGAUGGCUCCCAUGAGCGGUCUGCAAAGGAGAGUCCUGGACAUAGAAAGUGAUCGGAUGCAGAUAAAGGAUGACAAGGUCAAGCCAUCUUCAGAUCACUAGAACAGCCUUUUAGAUUUGACUUUUUUAAACCAUAGCAAAGGAGAAAUAAAAUUUUCACAAUUCUUCCAAGGUGCUUCUUCUGUUCUGAACAGAAGAAGCAGCUUGGAUGAGCUGCAAAAUGUAUUUUGAUUAAAAAAAAAACAAAAAAAACUUUUGUCCAGUUGACAAAUUGAAUUUCUCCUUUGCCAUGGAAUCUACCUGGAUGGCUGAGGGAUUUUAUAAAUGUCUUUUAAACCAUAAAAAAAAAAAAUGUUAAGAUUUAUAUUUAUUCCACUAAUUUAUUGGCAAUAAAGAUGUUUUCAUUGAAAUAUUUUAAUAAUAUUGUCACAACAAUUUGCUAUUUUUUUUAAAAAGCGCAAACUAAAUUAACAUAUGGCAUACAAAAUCCUCUGUUAAUUUAAUUAAUUUUAAUGCAGUUAUUGUUCUCUUCACUGUUAUAAUUUUUCUAUGAUAUUAAUAUAUAACAAAAUUUAUAUCUAUUAUUGCUCUUAUAAUGGUUAAUUUCUCACAGAAACUGACUAAACUAAAUAACUUUACAUUUUUUUGCUCUUAACAUCAUAACAGUUCCUAUAUUUGUUUCAUUGCCUUUUACUCAUGGCUCAUUUAUAUUUCAGCUUUGCAAUAAAUUAAUAUUACAUUGUAUUUUUUCUGACCAUUGAUCUUUGAAAUUAUAAUUUAUAUAUCAAAACUGACCAAAGCGGGAUUAAAUUAGGCAGAACCAACCUCAUAUUUACAAUUCUAGAGAGAAAAAUGCAAAGUGAAGUGACUAACACAUUAAUUUCUCUUUGUUUAUCAGUAACCAUGUUGGAGUUAAUUCUCUACUGUUGUUGCUCAGUGAUUUUAAAGGAACUACACUGCCCCUAAACAAAGGGACUUAGCCCUCUCAUAACCAGGCACAGGUUUGACGGGACCUCCCACUGUUACCUUAGAGACCCAAGCACCUGAGCUUACAACACCCACAUACCUGUGCAUAUUUCUGAUUAACUCCAGUGGAGGCAUAGGAGCAGGCAGCAUUGUGGAUGGUUUAUUUUGUUAGAUUGUUUUGAACUAUGGGGUGUAACACAAGCAGGGGCACUACAGUGGUCGACCCGUCGAACAAGCCAGAAGAUCGACCCAAAACUGCAGCCUCGACUACAGAGACUCCACCUUGUCAAGAGCAGGGUAAUGGGGCAGUGGAGAAGGUACAAGUGGAGGAAGUGGAGACUGUAAGCUGAGAACCGCUUCUGCUCAGAAAAUUAAAUGGGCCUGUCCCCAAUGAAUGAGGGCCUGCCUGAAGGGACUGCGGUCUGCCAACAAAAACAAAACAACUGGCGCACAAUUUGGAUUCAACUACAACCAUUGGAAUAAACUAAUUUUAAUUCA